GCAACGUUGUAAAUCGUAAAAUUCAGUUUUUUUUUCUUGUUAUUGUAUAUUUUCACGUAAUGAAGAAGUUAACAAUUACAUUUUUCAAUGCAACUUAGUGAAUAGUGAGAACUACGUCCUUUGGAAUAAUUCUUCAUGUUUUCCGUUGCCCUCUUCUGGAGCCUGGUAGGCGUACAUUCACUUAUCUAAAUUGCACUGUUGUGUCAUGCACCUGUUGAAUUUUAAACUCUCUUAUGAGACUCUAAUCGAGGAAGAUAAGCUUUAGCCAAUUGCCAAUUCAAUUUGAGAUUAAAUAUUAUGCCAUAUCCAAAUUAUACCCCACCUGUCAACAAUCAAAUGAGAAAAACUAAUGAAAAUGGUUACUCUUGGUAUGAGUGCAAUUGCUGUCCUUAUGGCUACCACAUCGACCUCGAUUUCGUACGAUACUGUGAAUCAAUUAUUAAAGAGGCUGAUAAUCGUACAGGUUCAAUCAAGAGAAGAAAGGACAGAAGAAGGCAGAGACAGUCCAUGGAAGUAUUGCUGGGACUAACACCUCCUGUCCUAGCAAUUUUGGAACAGAGUUACAAGCCUAUAGAAGAGCAGGAUUCUUCGCCCUCCAGUUUAUUAUCGCCACCACUAAAUUCAAAUACCCAACAAAGCAAAUAUGCAUAUACUUCUGAUGGAUUUGACGAUGCCGUGUCUGAUUUUGAAAGGACUCUCCAUAGAUCUAAAGAUACCUUGUCCAAUAAUCUUCCCGAUGUUACUGCAGUUUCUGGAAUUCUACAAAGAGGGCUGUCUAUAUCGUCCGAUUCUUCAAGCUCAGACUCGAGCAAUGCAGCUUUGCCCAUAACACACAUGGUGCCUACUAAGGAUGAUUUUGAUGAGGACACUUACGGACUGAGUCCUUUGGCAUUACAGAAUAUCAGGGAACAAAUGGCUUUGAGCCUUGAGAGAACGAGGGAGUUGGAAGAGCAAGUAAAACUUCUACCUGAAUUGGAAUGUCAAAUUUCUUGCCUAAAAGAGGAAAAUCGAAGUUUGCUCCAUCGUUUGAAAACCCAAGAUUCAACAGGUAUGAAUUCUUUAAAUAUUAAUCACAUUCAACCAGCUCAACAAAGUACACAAUUUAUCAAACCACCUCAGAAAGAUAUUGGCAUCACGUGUGGUGUUUCAACCAGAGAUGUGAGUAGUGGACAUCAAAACCCCAGUACAAAAUCUGUUUCGACAGGAACCAUAGAUAAUGAGCUUGGUGACAAAUGGUUCAAAGAAAAAGUUCAAUUUUUAAAUGCUCAAAAUUCAUUGUCUAAUCAGAUUUAUAAAAAAUUAACAGUUGCUAGAGAAACCCAGACAACAUUACCAAAAGAUAAAAUAGAUGUAGGGAUUCAAUUCCAAAAUGAGCAAGCACAACUAUUAAAACUGACAGAGUCUACUCAAACAGAUGAAAUAAAGAGAAAAGUUGAUCAUAAAGGAAUAUUAGCGAAAGUUUUAGUAUCAGAUAAAUUGACACAGAAAUUUAUAGAAUGCUCUUCGGUAGGAUGCUCAGAUGAUACUAUUGAUGAAAACAUUUGCGUGAAAUGUAACGCAAUUAAAAAGUCAAUAGGUGUUGGUCCCGAGAAAAAUGACACUCAUACUAUGCCAAUAUCGCUAGCUUCGUUAACCUCUAGGAGCAAAUCUUUCAAUUUGGGAGAGGAUAAACUGAAUCUCUCCUCGAGAACACGUAAUGCAUCAUCACAAUAUGAAAUAAAUAGUAUAAAUAGAUCUUGUCAGUCAGAUAUCAAAGUGAAAUCUUCUACAAAAUCUUGCCAGUAUGAUCUUAAAUCUUGCGAUAAGAACACACAGUAUGAAAAGUACACUCUUUCCAAGUAUACUGACACAAAAGACUUCGCCGUACAAACUAAGCAUGUUGGGUGUGAAGCAAAAGAAAGUAAAAUAAAGACAUCAGAUUUUGGCUGCAAUGUUACCGAGGUCUUAGUUUGUGCAAAAUGUGAAAAAGACAAGGAGGAAGCUAAAGAAAUCCACAAGAAAGAAGAAGGGAGUCCAACACCGUCUAGGAUUCCUAGACCUCAAAUACCAACGACUCCUGUGGAAAUUAGAAAAUUCAGGAGACAGGAUACGUACACCAAGGUGUAUUCACCUCCUAGUGAAAAACCUUCUCCCAUAUCUAAGCUGUCAGAUCUAGACCUGUCUCCUAAAGAUAUGUCAAAUGGAAUCCGUUCCUCUGAAGACCUGCAGAUUCCAUCGAUAGCAGAAGCACCAGUAUCUAGGCAAUACAGUACUCCCACACUAAUUGAAGCUAAGGUUCAUGAAUACAAACUACCCACCUCCGACUCUGCUAUUUUUCAAUAUAUUGAACCGAGCCAGAGUAGGCAGAAGGUCGCCCCCAGUAAAGAAAUGCAGGCUGCCAUGAAAGUACUUAAUGACUCUUUGUUGAAAAACUCCUCCAAAAAUGUCAAAAACCACAGUGCUAUAAAUAUCAUUCAAGAAGAGUGGUUCAGGAUUUCUAGUUCACCGGUAGCGAACCCACUUGAUGUUGAGGACUAUUUGGAUGCCUUGGAAGACCUCUCGAACCUGCUGUUGGAGUAUGUGGUUAACCUGGUUGAUGCCAGCGGAAACACAGCUAUGCACUAUGCUGUUUCACAUGGGAACUUUGACGUUGUUUCCAUUUUACUGGACUCGAAGGUUUGUGACGUCAAUAAGCAGAACAAAGCUGGCUACACGUGCAUCAUGUUAGUUUCUUUGGCCGAAGUGAGGUCACAAACUGACGCCAACGUUGUUAGGAGGCUUUUCCAGCUCUCUGAUGUUAACAUUCGUGCAAAGCAGCACAGUCAAACAGCCUUGAUGUUGGCAGUCAGUCAUGGCAGGUUGGAUAUGGUGAAGCUGCUAUUAGAAGCAGGAGCUGACAUCAAUAUUCAGGACGAAGAUGGCAGUACCGCAUUGAUGUGUGCUGCUGAGCAUGGACACAUUGAGAUAGUCAAGCAUUUUCUGAGUCAACCAGACUGUGAUUCCACCAUAGCAGACGUUGAUGGGAGUACGGCGCUUAAAGUUGCAAUGGAAGCUGGUCACCGGCAUAUCGGAGUCUUGCUUUACGCCCACGAAAGAACCCUUCAGAAGGUCCACGGUGUGAAGUUGAAGAAGACCAAAUCAUCAAGUAGCGUUAAAAUAUCUUCUCCGUUAUCUGUUAGAAGUAGUCAUCGUGUCUUGGCGGAAAAUAAAACUAAGUAAUUGUUAAAUAUUUUUUGGUAGAGGGAGAUCUAUACGUUUCGUUAACGUUUACUGUUGAUUCUGAUUCAUAUGUUGGAAAUUUCAAUUGAUAUGUUUAUGAAACCAAUUACUACUCCCAGUUUGACGAUUGAGUUUUGAAAAAUUUAAAUCAACUGAGUGUAAUACUUUGAUUAGAGUAUGAUUUUACAGCUAAGGAAGCAACUUAUAAAUGACCACUGUGAUAAUGAAUGAAAAUGUUCAUUAUCAUUUGUGGGUGGGCCAUGUAAGUAAAGUUUUCAACUAAUCCGGGUUCAUAUUUGAAAUAUUUGAAUGAACUCUUAUUUAUAUUACUUAUACUCAGUAUGAUUCAUUUUAAUAACUGUGAAUUAAAAGUAAAUACGGAGCCCAAACACAAUGUAUUUGUGAUAGUGCUGUUUCAACCUGCCUUAGGAUCCGUCAGUGGUACUAGGCUAAACCACAAAUGCAUUGCUAGGAAAACAAGGCAACCACAUCUCCCUUAACAUUUUGCAAAACUAAUAUCACAACACGAAUCAAAAAAUGUUCCAGGUGAUAUUAUUUUUUUCUGAUUCACACUUUGCACUUCAAUUGGUUUUAAUUUGUUCAGUUGAGCCAUUCUCAUGUUUGGAAUAUCUUAUCUCAGAACUAACAUUACUAAAAAUUUAACAAAGCUAACACAAAUUUAUUAAUGAAAUUACAGUUAACAGAGUCAUUACAAUAAUUGUUUUGUAGACUUGCCUGUGCUUUUGAGAAUAUUAUAAACUGAAUUUAGAAAGUAUUGUCCAAGAGAAUUUCUAUAUUUUAAUAAAUGUUGAUACGCAUGAGUUAGAAGCUUCUUCGUUACUGCUCUAUAUGAUUGUGCUCAACAUAUUAUUAUAUUUAAAGGUAUGGUUGUAAUUAUGGGUUCCUAUAUAAAAAAUUGUGAUGAAUGUUUUUUGUUAACUUGACCUUCGGGUGCCAAAUUGUUAUCUAUUUGUUAUUGUAGAGAACCCUCGAUUGAAACUCUGUCCUUUAUCAAUUGUAGUCCUAUUUACUGUAAUACAUAAGUUACGUUUUGUUAAACAUACCUAAAUUUGUUACCGGUUUCACUCUAAAAUAAAGAUAUACAAUUCCAAAAAAAAUAUAGCUGAGAAGAAAUUUGAAAAAUGAUCUUUGUAUACGGAAAUCCUCUAUUGAGAAAAUGUUUUAUAAAAAGUGUUUGCAUUUAUCCACAGGACCAAUUUUUUCCAAGCUGUUUCCUUCUUGUCGAUAAUCUGACUAUCCUAUAUUGACAGUGAUUUUUACAAUUUAUUUUGUAUUGUUUUGAAAUUUCAACAGGAGAUUAUUAGUGUAAAUGGAUGAAGGAGUUUGUGAAAGACAUAUUUUCCUAAUUAACCAUUCCGGUUGAUUUCAAUGUGAAUUGAAACUCCUUCAUUCUUUGUCUAUCCUAAUCGUAUUAAAUAAUUUAAUGAAUAACAAUGACUGACAAAGUAGCUUUUACUGAAAUAAUGAAUAUUUCAUUUCAAUAUUUGAUCUUUCAUCAUAUUGCAUUAUCAGUUUGAUAAUGGAAUAAUACACAUUACGCUUAGGUGAGUUCAUAUUUAUAACAACUUAAAAGAAACACCAGUGGUCCAAGUAUAUCUUAGAUUAGGAUAUCAUUUUGUGCAGCUUCAUUUCAAAGGCAGUGAUACUAUAUCGAAAACCUUGAUUAUUUUGUAGUUACAUUCUUAUAUCGAGAAGAAAACUGCAUAGAAACCACAGACAUAUCAGUAUCAGUACUUGUACCAGUUUCAUGGUUUAAUCUAAGGCUAGCAAUGUUUUUUUUCCUAAAAAUAUAAGAUUAAAUUUUUUGAAUCCACAUUUCGAAGUAGCUUCAACUGUCUUAUUUAUAUUUCAACCUUAUACACUUAUUCAUGUUUAUUUCGAUUGUUAACUUUUUAGCAUUGAAUAAAAAUGUUUUUAUUUCA